AUGGGUAUCGAUCUCGACCGCCACCACGUGCGCAGCACGCACCGCAAGGCUCCCAAGAGCGACAAUGUGUACCUCAAGCUUCUCGUGAAGCUGUACCGCUUCCUGACCCGUCGCACCGACUCCAACUUCAACAAGGUCAUCCUGCGCCGUCUCUUCAUGUCGCGCAUCAACCGCCCUCCCGUCUCCAUCUCCCGCAUUGUCGGCAACCUGGACAAGGAGGACAAGCGCACCGUCGUCAUCGUCGGAACCGUCACUGACGACAACCGUCUCCUGACCGUCCCCAAGCUGACCGUCGCUGCCCUGCGCUUCACCGCCACCGCCCGCGCUCGCAUCACCGCUGCCGGCGGCGAGGCCAUCACCCUCGACCAGCUCGCCCUCCGCGCCCCCACCGGUGGCAACACCCUCCUCCUUCGCGGACCCAAAAACUCCCGUGAGGCCGUCAAGCACUUCGGCAUGGGUCCCCACAAGCACAAGAAGCCCUACGUCGAGUCCAAGGGCCGCAAGUUCGAGAAGGCCCGUGGUCGCAGAAGGUCCCGCGGUUUCAAGGUUUAA